CAUGGCGGACACGCUCAAGGAAGCGGAUCAGCUGUUCGACGAAUGCAAGUUCCGUGAGGCGUACGAGCUGAUCAGCAAGCAUCGGGAAGCGGUCCCCGAGUAUGACGCACUCUGGCGGUUGUGCCGUGCGAUUUAUUCGCUAACCCGUGAGCUUGCUGUGGAUGCGAACAACAAGAAGCAGUUGGAAGCGUUCAUCUUCGAGGGCUUUGGGUACGCGAGCCGGGCGUUGGAGCUCCAACCGAGUGCGGCCGCUGCCCAUAAGUACUAUGCGAUAUUCCUGGCGGAAAAGAGCGGCAUUGAGGGACUGAAGGAACGUGUCCUGCAGCUGAGCACGAUUCUGCGCCAUCUACGGCAGGCGACGGAACUAGAUGGGAGUGAUCCGUUCGCGUGGUUUGUGCUGGGGAGGUUCUACCACAAACUGGCCGGAUUGCCGUGGUUCCAGCGGAAGCUUAUUCACACUUUCACGACUGACAUCCCGGAUGCGACGUUCACGGAUGCACUGAAAUGUUUCGAUCGGGCUGAGCAUGAGCAACCGAACUUCUUCCCGUUGAACCAUCUGUUUCUGGGACAGACAUACAUCGAGCUGAAGGAUCCUGUGAAAGCGCGUGCGUUCCUCGAGCUGGCCGCUAACCAGACAAACCCGCGCACUGCCGACGAUCGGGAAGCUCAACGAGAGGCGACGGCACUGCUGAAGAAACUCUAGGCGCUCUAGCGAAUCUCAAUUACUCACUUUACCGCGUGUCCAUUUGCCGGGUCUUAUCGCGGAUGCCGGACGGAACAUGCAAAACAACCGAAAAAAAGAAUCGGAACCUUUCGGAACGUGCUGUGCGAACGCGGACAGGCUUG